AAUACAGAAAAUUUUCAGUGUGCUGCAACAUUGUGCAUGAGUGAGGCAUCCGCGCACUUGCAACUGAAAUGUGAGCAGUUGGAGCGUGAACAGCUUGAACAAGAAGCAGCGCGCGGGCAUGGCGUGGCGCGCGCUCGUGGCCUGCGCCCUCGGGCUGCUGGCGCCGGUCCACGGCACCGUCGUCGUCUACACGCAAGACAUACCACACACAAUAGUGGACGAAUUCAGCGACCAGCCGGCGGCGUUCGGCGCGAAACUGCCGGACGACGGGCUGCGCGGGCUGCUGGUGCGCGCGGAGCCGGCCGACGGCUGCUCGCCGCUCGCGCGCCCGCCGCCCGCCGACAACUUCACCGACAAGUGGAUCGUGCUCAUAGCCAGGUAUAACUGUACCUUCGAUGUGAAAAUCCGCAACGCGCAAGCGGCGGGAUACGACUGCGCCAUCGUGCACAACGUCAACUCCAGUGAACUCGAUACUAUGACCACGAAACACCCGGCGGGCAUCGACAUCCCCUCCGUGUUCGUGAGCGACAUCGCCGGCCUGGCGCUCGGCCAGUCCUACCUCUACAAUUGCGGCUACUACAUAAUGGUGAACGGCGCGCCCUUCGACAUCAACACACAGCUGCUGCUGCCGUUCGCCAUCGUCGUCGCCAUCUGUCUCUUCAUCAUGAUCGGGUUAAUGAUAGCGAAGUGCGUCCGCGACCGUCAGCACGCGCGGCGGCGGCGGCUGCCGGCGCGCGCGCUGCGCAAGAUCCCCACGUGCAAGUUCAGCAAGGGCGACCCCUACGACACCUGCGCCAUCUGCCUCGACGACUACGUCGAGGGCGAGCGCCUGCGCGUGCUGCCAUGCGCACACGCGUACCACGCGAAGUGCAUCGACCCGUGGCUGACGCAGAGCCGGCGCGUGUGCCCCGUGUGCAAGCGGCGCGUGUUCGCGGCGGGCGAGCGCCGCGCGCCGCUCUCCGACUCGGACAGCGACGACUCGCGCGAGCCGCUCGUCGCCAACACCACCGAGCCCACUCAGGGCGGCACGUUCGAGCCGCAGCGCGAGAACCCGUUCGUGCGCGCCGCGCGCUUCGUGACGCGUGCGCGCCGCUCGCAGCCGCAGAACGAGGGACAGCCUGACGAAGAAAACAAUACAGUGAGGGCUGACGUUGAAAAUGGUCAAAACGAUGACACGGAGCCUCUGAUUCGGCCAUCGGCACCUGCGGAUGGGCAAAGCACCUGGUACCUGUCCCGGUCGCGCCGCGCCCGUGGAGCUCGCGCCGCCGCCGCCGCCGCCUCCGAGCCGCCCGCCGAGCCCGCGCCGCCGACGCCGCUGCUGCACGCCGCCGAACACUCCAUCAACACCGACACACAGUGCCGAGGUGAAAUCGGGGUCGCGGCCCUGCCCGCUCCACAAAACCAGUCCUCACAUAUUCAUUUAUGAAUAUCUUAAUUUGCCUCUUAUGUGCAAUAAGAUAAAUCCUUAUUUUAAUAUAUGAACGUCGAAAACUCAUCGAGAUUAAAUCAAGUAGCAACUGUAUGUCGUAUUUCGCUUGGUUAAAUUGACUAUGAAAAUACGUUAAACCUUAAAUGUCGUUCGAGACAGCACGACAGUUCAUGUCUCCCAUGUUUAAUAA